UGUCACUCGAGUCGAAGUCGAAGCCAAUCAAUUAGUAGAUAUCAGCUUGACUAGAUUACUGCCUUCGACGGAAAUCACUCAAUUAGCAAUCAAAACGCCGCCCACCAGCCAUCCAAUUCUCGUUCGUACAAAUCUGUGUGACAAUUUUCAUUGUCGUUCAUUUGCUUUGAUUAGGUCGUCAAUUUUUCGGACAGCAGCGAAAAAGAUUUAUUAGCCCUGUCAAUGUGACGCGUAGCCAUAAAUCCGCUUUUGAGAUAGCAUUUGCCGCGAGUGAAAGUGAUUUGGUGCGGGGGUAAUUUCCCUAAUGAUUCAUUGUCCUUGUCUGGGAAAUCUGCCAACAGUAUGAUACAUUUUUUCCCGUGUGAAAUACAGUGGCAGGAGAAAUAAAUCGUAACGCAAUAACUAGCCAAGCGAGCAAAAAAUGCCGCCCCCGUUGAAACAACGCGAACUGACACCGGAAGAGGAGCAACAGGAAGUGGAAGUGGAUUUUCCGGAAUUCGACAAAAGCCCUGCCUUCAUCCACGUGCUGCUGCUAAACAAAACCAUCCGCCUGUUCUUCGUCCUGGGCUUAGCUGCAAUUGUGAUUCCCGCCUUCGCGUACCUUUUCUUCUUCUCCCAGGAAAUUGGCCACGCGCCCAAGCACCAACUGGUAGGGACCUGUGGCCACCCAACGCUUUACCACAUCCAGUGCGGCUUCGGCAACAUAUCGCAGGACGAGUGCCAUCGACUGGGAUGUUGCUACACAAGUCUCUCCACAUGUUACCACUCGCUGCCAUCGGAGCACCAGUUUCGCCUCGAAGGAGAUUGGCAGGAUGGCGCCCAACUUACUCCCACCAGGAACCUCACCCCUUACCUCAAAAGUUCAGUGCCCAAAAUACGUGCCCAUCUCGGCAUCGUCAGCCAGACACGGUUGCAACUUUCACUGACGACGGUUUCCGCGGAAUCGACUCGGGAGCAGCUCCCAACCGAGCAAAUAAACGUUAUUGAAACCGAUGAACUCCGGGCCCGUGUCUACAGCCCUACGUUUUUCGUGGAAGUGAAGCGCAAAUCCAACGACGAAAUUGUUUUCUCCACGGCACGAGGGCCACUGGUUGUGUCGGAGGGCUUCUUCGAGUGGACCCUACAUCUGGGGGUGGACAUUCUGUUUGGAUUGGGCGAAGCUGUGCUCGAGCCCGGGAGGAAAUAUCUGCUGUUGAAUAAUCAGAACGUGUCCGCCGUGCCAGUUGUGAUGGGAUACAACAUGAAAACCAACCAGUUCAACGGAGUCGUGUUCAACACCCCCGGCCUCACCGAGAUCGAAAUCGUCCGCUCCCGGCUCAUAGUCAUCCGUGCCCAAUUCACCGGUCACUUCCAGCUGGAACUGCUACCGGGCCCGAACCCGGCCGAUCUGCACCGGCAGCUGAAAACCCUCGCCCAAAACCACUACCAUCCGCCAUUUUGGUCCUUCGGUGUCCACGUGUGCGACGAAUCCCUCAAUGCCAGCCUCGCCACCGUUCGUUCCGAUAUUGAGACCAUGCUUUCGACGGGAAUUAUUUUCGAUUCGCACUGUCUCAACGACGACCUGUUCUGGCUGUCGAGUGCUAUGUCUAUCACGACGGAAUUGGAGGAAGCUGUUGGGCUUUUGUCGAACAAUAGCAAGCGAUUCGUUCCAUCGGUUGUCAUGGUGAUGGAGCCGACGGGUAAUCCCGCGUACACGACUGCCAGAACAAACGGCCUACUGCUGCGAAGUGCUUACAACAUUGCUUCGUAUCGAGGGUUGGUGCGCAACAGGACCGCAGUCUACUUGGAUUGGCGUACGGAGCGGCACGAGAUGACGCUAUGGUUGCAGCAGACCUGGUCCAGUGUGAGGAACUUGAACGGAGCGGGGUACAGCUUGAAGGAGGGUUCACUGCGGGACGAUGGCAACAAGACGUAUCCAAGUAGGAGUCAGUUGACAUAUUUGCCGGAAGCGUUGAACAGCUCGAUUGCGGAUUUGAUCCGGUGGGAUACCAAGUUGUCGGAUAGUAUGGACAUGGCGGUGAAGAGUCAGAACCGGAUGGGACCGGAGAUGAUGCGGAGGGUUUUGGGGGAGGUGGGAGAAGGGGUUUUGGUAAUAAGUGGGGCGUAUGAUUUGAGGACGAAGGCUGCGAUUGUGGCGCAGAAUGUGUCGGGGACGUGGAUUUCGUUGAGGAAUGAGGUUAACCGAGCGAUAGGGUUGUCCGUAGCGGGGUUGAGUUUCAUCGGGACGCCCGUUUGCGGAAAUGCGAGGGAUAACGUGACGGAAGAGCUUUGCAUAAGAUGGUAUCAGUUUGGGUCGCUUCUGCCGCUAUUCAAGGUGUCGGAAGAUAGGAUGCCGCAUCGGUUUAGCAUGUUCGCUCAGCGGAUCAUGUUGUCUACGAUACGAAAGCGAUAUGCCUUGGUAGAGUACAUGAACACGUUGAUCAUGACGGAUUCGGCUUAUCUGCGGCCGAUGUUCUACCACUACGAGGAAGCAAGGAACUAUACGGCUGAGCUGUGGGAGCAGUUCAUGGUUGGGGAUGCUCUGUUGGUGGCGCCUGUGCUUCUUCCGCAGAUGACGCAGAUCGACAUCUACUUUCCGGAGACGUUCUACGAGUUGUGGGCUGGCGAUGAACUUCCGACGAAUGAUGUGCUUCAGUAUGCUGUGGUGGAGUCCGACUUGCCGAUGUUCAUUCGACCGGGUUUUGUAGUUGGAUUGAGACAGAUCUCCGAUGAAGUCAUGGCGAUUGAUGAUGCUCGGCUACAGCCAAUGUUCCUCGUUGGUGCUAUGAGUUGUAACAUUCGGAAGACCAAAUGUGAUGCUUCGGGCUCAUUGGUCUUUGCGAAUGGUUUUGGGUUAGAAUUCCGCGUAGUACUGGAGCAGGAAUUGACCAUCCGAAUACGACUGCUGCUCGAGAACGAGACACUCAAGGAAUCGGCUUGCUCUGCGACGCAGAAGACUCUUUCCGGUGAAGUGCUGUUCGUACAACUCUAUGGUCAUCCGAAUCGUACGGAGCCCUUGGCUCAACAGCUAAACUUUGACCUUUGCCAACUGACGGGAACGGAAACAGAACGAGUCUACAGCUUUCCCAAUAAUGACAUACAAUAAGAAAUAGAUAUUUAAAUAAAACUCUUCCUGAUAAUCAAUCA